CAGGAGGCGGGUAUUCAGCAUAUGGCGGAAGAUUCGUCUUCUACGUAAGUUUUGAUUAUUGUCGAGUGACAUAACAUAUUAAAGCUAUGACUACGCCGUUAUUUCCGAAUUUAACUCCUAGAGUGGCCGAUCCUUCUUGGUUUUCGGUAGAUCGACCGUGCGACGACGAAACCGAAUUAACUCAACUCGAAAAAGAACACCAAGAUUGGUUAACAAGUAUUUCUCAGAAAGAUAAUGACUUAAUACCAAUUGGGAAAACUGCUUCUGAGCAUUUCGAUGAUGACGAAGACGAAGAAGAAGAUGAUGACAAUGACGACGAUGAAAGUGAAAGCAACGAGGAUGACGAUGAGGAGUUAGAUGGAGAUGAUAUGAACUAUGAUCAAGAUUCUCCAAUGUUUCAUUGAGACAAUGCAAAAAACAGAAAAAAAUUUUGAAGAAAUAUUAAGAAUACAGAUGUUUGUAAUUGCUACACCAUUAUAUAAUAAUUAAAAUCAAUAACAUCAAUUAAGAUAAUUAAUCAAAAAAA